AUGCCGCAGCUUGCUCGUUCCGUGGUGACGAACAUCUUCACCCGAGCCGAUGCGGCUCUGGCCGAGUCAAGAGAUGGCUUCCCUUUCUCCCAGGCCAAGUAUGCAGUUCGCUGCGUCAAGUAUGCUGGCACGACGUCCAUAGGCAAGAGAGCCUUCGCUCUCGGAGACUCUGCCGUCACCCUCACCGAUCGCGUCAUCGAAGCUGGGAUGGAAACCCAGUACUAUGCCUCGGCUGAAACUUUCGUCAAGGAGCGGGUGGCGCCGAAGCUGAGGGCUACCCGAGAGGCUACAGUCGCCACGAUCAAAGCAGCCAGGGCCCUUCCUCACAACACGUCCAACUACGUUGUCUGCAAGUACGAGGACGUGAAGAGCGGUGUCAUCAUUCGCUACAACAAGACCAAGAUGAUCAUUGUGUGCCGGGUGAACGGAGUUUGGAUACGAGUGAAGCUCUUCUUCUCUUCUGGGUACGACCUUCUGAACAACUUCAUCAACUCAAUCUACUCGACUUUCAUGUCUGCCAAGUCCAAGGCUGUCAACCUCUUCGAUUCUCUCAAGCAAAUCGUCAUCUCCACCAGGUUUCAGAUCACCAUGUUCGCUCAGAACAGCUGGAAGACCGUGACGAUGCGGAUUGAUCGUUAUUCCGCGUACCUUCCCUUCAUCCAAAAGCAGAAUCAGCCUGCUGCGAUCGAAGAGCAAGAGCAAGAGCAAGAGCAAGAAAGCAUGCCCAGUCCGGUUUCCUCCCAGAUCACAAUCCGCAGCAAUGGCCCAGCCUCGUCGCAGAAUCUCAUUGUUGAGGACAUUAUGUCUCAGAGGUUCGGGAGAUCCCAGGCAGGAGCAACGAAGCUCGAGCAAGCCUCUGACUUGCCAGCCACCAGCAGUCACGAGACAGCCUCCCGCUCGUCUCCUGCCAGCCUCACCCCCAGUGACAUGAUGAUGGCGAUCUCUCCGGCCCUCCGGCUCAACGUCUCAUCUCUCUGCAACUCGAGCACCGAGGCUGAGGCCUAUGAAAACCCUCCCCCCCUCGAGAGCGAGCCGCAAGAGCUCGACGAGGCCCCCGUGUUCAACGCCGAGAGGAGGGGCGGCCUGUGGGUUCCGAGCCCGAUCAUCUCUGAGCGCAAGUCCCACACGGAUAGCGCGAAGAAGCUGAAGAGGGAGGAGGGAGACGAAGACGAGGCAGGCGACCAGGCCGAUGAGAACACUUUUACUCAACGACCUAUCAAGUUCAAAAUCCAGGCAAGCGGAAACUCAAAGACAUCAAGAAAGAAGAAGGGCAAAACUUCCUCAAAGGCACAGGAGCCUAUUCAGGUCUUCAACUUCUAG